CUGGAGCCUCUCCCGGUGGAACGCUAAAGCCCGCGUACUCGGCCGCUUUCAUCAGCAAGAAGAAAGACAUCCCGAAGGCGAAACAGAAGAAGGGGGGAAAGGAGCAAAGAAAUAGCCCGCCCCCACCAGGGAGGAGGAGAGCGCUCGAGGGGAGAGCGAUGGACAUCGAGCGCAAGCACGCGGAGCUCAUCGAUCUCUUCGUGAAGCAGGCCGCCGUCCUGGACGGCCCCGCCCUCGCCGGCCUCGUCCUCGAGGCCUCCUCCCAUCCCUCCCUCUUCGCCUUCUCCGAGAUCCUCUCCGUCCCCAACCUCGCCAAGCUUGAGGGGACCCUGUAUUCGUCAUCUCUGGACGUGCUUCGAUUGUUUGCAUACGGCACGUGGAGCGAUUACAAAUGUAAUGCUGGCUCUCUUCCAGCACUAUCUUUUGAUCAAGUCCGAAAGCUGAAGCAACUUAGUGUGCUGACUCUGGCUGAGACGAACAAGGUAUUGCCUUAUGAUCAGCUUAUGCAAGAACUAGAUGUUUCCAAUGUAAGGGAACUUGAAGACUUUCUCAUCAAUGAGUGCAUGCAUGCGGGUAUUGUUAGAGGAAAACUGGAUCAGUUGAGCAGGUGCUUUGAGGUCCAGUUUGCUGCUGGGAGGGAUCUUAGACCUGAACAACUGAACAGCAUGAUACAAACAUUAGCACACUGGUUGGACACUUCAGAUAGUUUACUUCAUUUGAUUCAAGAUAAAAUCAAGUGGGCUGACACAAUGAGUGAGGCAACCAAGAAACACCGCAAGGAAAUUGAAGACAGGGUGGAAGAAGUGAAAAAAUCACUGAAGAAGCUAAACACUUUAAGCAGGCAGACAUGGACUUACGAAGCAACGAGGAGAUGUUCUUUGAACAUGGAGGAAUGAUGGACUAUGAAGAGGAUCGUGUCCGCCCCAAAAGGAGGCGGGCGCCAAUGCCAUAGGCAUAGAGGGAGGGAGAAAUUUGCGGUUGGCCUGUUUCAAGUGGGUCCCAGGAUUAACUUUUUUCCCGCGAACAGUCUUUUUCGGGUUCAAAGAUGUUCUACAAUCAAUCAGCAGCCUGCUCUCUCUCUAUCUCUCUCUCUCUCUCUCGAAUAUUGGUUUUCAACCAUUUGCAUUCCUUUCGUGCAUUAUUUAAAGGAGGAGAUUGUUUGUACAAUAGAUACAAAAUAGAUAUUUGAUUAUUUCUCUAUCGGGGGACAUCUCACUCAUGCAUCUUAUUGGGAAUCAUAUUAGAGAGGUAUA